AUGCUGGAUCUUCAUGGAAAUAGGUCCAUCGAAGCCCUUCCAAGAAAUAUUGGUGAUUUGAAAAGUCUAAGUCUUGAAGAAAUACAGCUAGGCUUUGGAGUUUUAGGUAAACUAACAUUCCUUGAUUUCUCUCACACUCGAAUCAAUGAGUUACCAGAGUCAUGUAAUAACGACCUCUAUAGUUUGGAGACAUUGACUAUAGGUGUUUCUAAACAAGUCAAGAAUUGGGUGAAUCUGAAACAUCUCAUAUCAGGGGGAUCGCCUACACUAAGAGGUAUAGGACGCCUUACUAAUCUUCAAACCCUAUCAAGAUAUUCCGUGAGGCAGCACACUGGUGAUGAUGAUGAUGGUAUUGCAGAUUUGGGAGAACUCAAUCUCCUUGAAGGGAAAUUGGAAAUUGUGAACUUACAAAAUUUGAAAGGUGGAACAGAAGAAGCCCGGCGAGGGAAUCUAAAACUGAAUCAAAACAUUCGCCAGUUGGUGCUACAUUGGUCAAAUAGAUAUCUCAAAGAAGUAACUGAGGCAGAGGUAGAGGUGGUGACUGACGAGGAUGUGUUGACUGGUCAAAUCAUUGAGCUAGGUGAAGAUGUGUUGACUGAUGAAGUCACUGGCGCAGAGGUAGAGGUGUUGCAUGAUGGAGUCAUUAGGGCAGUGGAAGAGGUGUUGAGUGAUCAAGUGGUGUUGGAAGGUCUCCAACCUCAUCCUAAUUUGAGAGAGUUGGUUAUUGAAAAUUUCUUAGGUUUUAGGACUUGGCCUCCUUCCGUGUUUAAAAAUCUCAUUCUAUGGGAAAUGAAAAAUCUGAAAGAAUGGAUUGAGCCAUCGCCACCAGCAACAACUACACUUCCGCAAGGAACUUGUUUUUACCCUUGUCUUGAGGAAGUGGAAAUUAGUCUCUGUCAAAACUUGAGAGUGAUGCCAUCUUCGAUGUUUCCUUCUCUAAAGAAGUUGGUUGUUCAGGUCAGCAACGUCACAGGGCUGUGCUCGUUGCUGCGAAAAAACUUAAUCUCUCUCACCAACGUUAAGAUUGGUAACAUUCCGGGGCUUGAGUUUCUACCAGUACAGAUUCUGCAACCUGGUCUGGAACUGUUAAAGGUUGAAGGAUGCCCUGAAUUUCAAGGUUUUCUUUUGAAUAAAGUGGAGUGCAACUUCUACUUUAGUCGAAUGACUUACCUUCGUAAAGUGGUGAUUCAUCAUUCAGAAAAAUGGAAGCCUUUAAAAGAUUUUCAAUACCUACCUAACCUGGAGGAACUGGAGCUUUGUUGUAAUAGUGUUUAUGAUGAUUCAUCUUCAGCCUCUGCCUCAACACCAGAAUCAACAUCAUCACCAGCAGAAAAUGAAGAAGCAGAGGGUAUUCAACACCUCAUCUCCCUUCGUAACUUGAAAAUUCAUGGAUGGUCCAAUUUUCGUUCUCUGCCUCACCAACUUCAAUACCUCACAAAUCUAAGGGAGUUGAAAAUUAAGAAUUGUGAUGGUUUGGUGGAGUUGCCAGAGUGGCUUGGAAACUUUUCAUCACUUGAAGAAUUGUACAUUGUAGGGUGCAAGAAUCUGAUGCAACUGCCUUCUAAGGAAACCAUGCAAACACUCACUUCACUUGAAGAACUAUCUGUGUAUGUUUGCCCUCUAUUGGAGGAAAGCUGUGCAGACAUAGAAGGUGAAGAGUUUCAAAAGAUAUCUCAUAUCAAAACCAUGCAAAUGGUCUGCAGUGUUGUUUAUGCUACGUCCUCAUUUGCAACAUCAAAACCAUUGGAAUUGGUGGCAUUCUAUACUUACAUGGACCGUGUAGUCAGUGUCAUCGCAUCUCAGGCUGUUACUGAAGCUGCUAACAUUGGGUGGAUUUUAUAG